CUUUAGGGGAUGAAUUUAAAGCUUCAUGAAAGUCACAACAGUGAUUGUAGAAUCAUCUUGGACUGUCAAGUUUCCCUAUGGGUAUGCAAUGUGAAAUUGAUAUAGAUGAGUGUGCUUCACAUCCCUGCAAAAAUGGAGCCACCUGCAUUGACCAACCUGGUAAUUACUUCUGCCAGUGUGUGCCUCCAUUUAAAGUGGUUGAUGGCUUUUCCUGCUUAUGCAAUCCAGGCUAUGUUGGGAUAAGAUGUGAACAGGACAUUGAUGACUGCAUCCUGAAUGCCUGUGAGCACAAUUCUACCUGCAAAGAUCUGCAUCUCAGCUACCAGUGUGUGUGCCUAUCUGAUUGGGAAGGAAAUUUUUGUGAACAAGAAUCCAAUGAGUGUAAAAUGAAUCCUUGCAAGAACAAUUCCACCUGUACUGACCUUUACAAAAGCUAUCGGUGA